GCAACAUGUAGUGCUUGAUGCUCCAACAAAGAGCCAUGCUUUCAUGUAGAGGUGUGUGUUGUUGUUAACCAGUAGCCAGGCAACCUCCCCAAGUACGGUGUUCCCCAGGGGUGUAGAGUAUCACUGGUGUCUUGAUGCCUCGCAAUAUGUCAGACAAAGGAGUUAGCAAGUUCAUUGCCUUUUUAUGACAGGAGGGGCAAUUCCAGUGAAUGAAACUGACAGACAAUAGCACGAGCGAAUGAAUUGCAAAUAUCAAUGCCAGACAAAGACUGCACAUCUUUGAAAUAAUGGAACCUUCAGUGAACGUAGUAAGUGCUGUCAGCAUUUAAUCUGUACCCGCAACCAGUGCCUGUCCUACACAUCUGGCGGCCCGGAGCAAAAAACCCAGAUCAGAAAAAAAAACGCUAUAGAGGAACAUUAUUAUGUCUUUGCAAGAUCAGACAGGAGGAGCAAAUGUACCUUCAGCCAAUGUGCCCAUGGCACCUGGUUAUAUGCCUCCUCAGGUCCCGAUGGUCAUGGCAGUCCCAGACAGACCGCUGGGCUGUCCACCAGGUUUGGAGUACCUGACCCAGGUUGACCAGCUUCUAGUUCAUCAGAAAAUGGAAUUAAUGGAAGUUCUCAUGGGAUGGGAGACCAAUAAUCAAUAUGUGGUGAAAAACAGUUUAGGACAGCAGGUGUUUUUAGCUGCUGAGGAGAGCAAUUUUUGUACUCGUAUGGUCUGUGGACCAAUACGCUCAUUCCUGCUUCAUAUCCAGGAUAAUGUGGGACAAGAAGUGAUGACUUUGUCCCGCCCCCUUAAUUGCGGUAGUUGUUGCUUUCCUUGCUGUCUGCAAGAGCUGGAGGUUCAGAGCCCCCCGGGCAGCCCUAUUGGUUAUGUAAUACAAAACUGGCAUCCUUUCUUGCCGAAGUUCACUAUCCAGAAUGAGAGGAAAGAACCUGUUCUGAAGAUUGUGGGGCCGUUCUGUGACUGCAAAUGUUGUUCUGAUGUUAAUUUUGAGGUGAUGUCACUGGAUGAGUCUUCAGUCAUUGGCCGAAUUAGUAAACAGUGGACAGGAUUUGAAGCAGAAGCCUUUACUGAUGCAGACAACUUUGGCUUACAGUUUCCAAUGGAUUUGGAUGUGAAAAUAAAAGCAGUUAUAUUAGGAGCCUGCUUUCUUAUUGAUUUCAUGUAUUUUGAGCACUCUCAAAAACAAGAUCGAAACCAUCCUGGAGCUUUGUUCCCCGUUUGAUUAAGUAUAUUUUCAACAAUACAAACGAUGAACAGUUGUCUCUUUAGCAUCAUAACUGGUCCUAGCGUAGCGUAACGCAAUC